GCCACGCGAAGCUUUCGACAAUCCCACCCACAAAGGACACACCGCAGCAUAUCAACAAUGAAGUCGCCGAAGAUGAUCGAGCUUGAUGGCCGGACUGGCGAGGGCGGGGGCCAACUCGUGAGGAUUGCCAUCGCCCUUGCCUCAGUGACGUCCAAACCAGUCAGGAUAACCAACGUGAGAGGCAACCGCUCGGGGCCGCGAGGAGGGGGGCUCAAAUCGCAGCACGUCACUUCGGUCGAGUGGCUAGCAAAGGCUACCAAUGCCGACGUGAAAGGUCUCGAUGUCGGCAGUAAGACUUUGGAAUUUUGUCCCAAGCGCGGACCAGGCGACCUGCUAGAGAGGAACAUCAAGAUCUAUGCUGAAUCACCUGCCGCCAGUGCGCUGCUCAUCUUACAGGCGGUCUUCCCCUUUCUCCUUUUCGCAGGCAAUGAAAGUGGAGAUCCUGUCGAGUUGACGAUUUCAGGGGGCACGAACGUGUCCUUCUCGCUGAGUUACGAGUAUCUGGACCAGGUGGUUCUGCCCACACUGGAGGCAUGGUUCAGUAUUCGAGUCCAGAGGAAUCUCGAAAGCAGGGGUUGGAGCGCGGGGCCCAAGUCGAGGGGUUCUCUGUGGUUCAAGAUUCACCCGCUUCCUCUGGGUACCACGCUCAAGCUAAAGGAUGAUGUCGGCACGAGCAGGGUUCACGAUGAUCUGGCAGUCCAAUCUGUGGACGCUACCAUCAUCACACCUGCAGAGCUCCAUGGCUCGCUAGAGAGCAUCUUGAGAGAAGACCUCACAAAUCUCUUUCCCCAGGCAGAGCUCAACUUCAAGCAGCCAGAAGACAGCAGACAUGAGUCUCGAAUCUACGUGCUCCUGGUAGCAAAAUCAGAAACACUGCGCUGGGGCCGAGACUGUCUCUAUAGUGGCAAGCGCAAGGGCAAGGGGCAAGAAAAGCUCUGCAAGGACGUCUCCAGAGCUGUGACGAAAGCUUUAGCCGACGAGCAAGCCGGGGUUGUGGAUGAGUACCUCCAGGAUCAGCUGGUCAUAUUCCAAGCGCUGGCCGAGGGGAGGACAAGCUUCCCAAGAUGGACUACCUAUAAGGACUGGAGCGAAGCUUGCGACGAGUCUAUCAGUGGUGUUGACGAGGAACUUGAAAAGCUGCAUAUGGACGGCGGGGGGCUUAAAAGGGACAGGGUGAGAGGACCACUGGGUGAUGUCGGAACCGACAGUACUCACACACAGACGGCACGGUGGGUGACUUCAGAGAUGUUGGACCCGACCAAACUCACAUGGUACAACAAAGGCACAGUCUGUGAAGGUAUCAGUCUCGAAUCAGGUUGCAGCAACACUCGGUAGACCUGUAAGCAGUGUGAUGAUUACGAUAGGAAUAAGACCUGUGCUAUCGUUUU